GUUCGCUGUUGGCAUCAUACGCAAUUGGCCGUGGACUGGUAUCGAUACCAUGGAUAGUGACAACCUCAUUUCUUUCGCACUGCCCAUCACCCUCGUUCUACAUUUACCAUAUAAAAUCGAUACCGACGUUGCGCCUUCCUUCUCAAUCGUGUCUCCUUUUCCCUGCCUUUCCGAUGCCUUCCGCACGGCUUUAUAUUAUCCGCCAUGGGGAAACAGAUGAGAACCGUUCUGAAAUAAUUCAAGGACAUAAAGACACGCAGCUAAAUGUAGCAGGGUUAUCGCAGGCUUCGGUGGUGGCGAAUACGAUGGAGAAGAUACCCUUGACGGAAGUAUGGUCUAGUGAUCUUCAGCGAGCGGUCAAGACUGCGCAGAUCAUAAUCGAAAAACAUCCAGGAUUAGAAAUUUCUACGUCGAAAGCGCUUAGAGAGAGACACCUUGGAGUUCUGGAAGGCAAGCAUUUUGCGGCGAGAAGCAAAGUGUUAGCGACAUUCCCUGGAGGAGUCGACCCCUCGGCAGAACGAGUAGAGGCGAUGGAGAAGCGGGUGAUGUAUUGGUGGGACACUGAGGUCCUCGGGUUGAUGUCGAAGCCUGUUCCGCCUCCCGUCGCUCUCGUCAACGAUAACGGCAUCGUUCACGAACACGAUAAGUAUACCCACGACCCAUCCAAUGUUCAUCAUGUCCUCGUCGUGUCUCAUGGGGGUUUCAUCGGAUCACUGGUGCGGAAGUUGGUGGAGACGGGGCGCAUCCAGAGUUUACGCAAGACACCGAUGCGCGGUUCAAACUGGGUGUGCCAUAAUACCUCAAUUACCACAAUAGAUGUCGGUGAAGACGGAAAGGGAACGUUGGUCAAGUACGCGGAUAUCGCGCACAUGUUGGAAGCCGUGAAGGAGGGCAAAGUGGCGACGCGUAAUGCAGAUGUACCGCAGGAAGCUAUGAACGCAGUUUCGGGUCGCCAUUGAUUGGAAUUAAACAUAGAUGCAAGAGCGUACUUAGAGAACCUGCAUAGCUUAGGUCGAAUAAUGAGGGAAAUGUUUAUUUUUUCAAGUUUGCC